AAUUUUAGAGUUACGCCCCCUUGUGAAUUCACAUGCGGCAAUGACAUUUUGGUGGCUUUAAGCGAAGAAUUUAUAAAGCUUUUUUCACAAGUGGGAAUAAUAUGGCAAAUAUCCUGAGUGGGAAAGACGUUUCAGAGGAAAUAAGAGGAAGACUCAAGGCGGAUAUUGAGAGUUUCAAACAGAAUGCGCCCAACUUUUUACCUGGACUCGCUAUCGUACAGGUGGGAGGUCGAGAAGACUCCAAUGUGUACAUCGGACAGAAGUUAAAAAAUGCCGCUGCUGUUGGAGUCAAUGCCAGCCAUGUGAAGCUGUCACAGACGGCCUCACAGACAGAGGUCCUUGAGACGGUAGAGAAAUUAAACAACGAUCCCAGUGUGCAUGGCAUUAUUGUUCAAUUACCCUUGGAUACUGUGAAUGAUAUAGAUGCCCAUCUUGUCACAAACACCAUCAAACCGGAGAAGGACGUAGAUGGACUUCAUGAAUCCAAUGCGGGAAAGCUGGCUCGGGGUGACCUGGAGGGAUGUAUAUUUCCAUGCACCCCACGAGGAUGUCUUGAGCUCAUUAAAAAAUCUGGUGUGUCAGUGGCUGGUAAAACUGCUGUAGUUCUGGGGCGCAGCAAGAUUGUAGGGUCUCCUAUGGCAGACUUGUUGAAGUGGAACCAUGCCACAGUAACCGUGUGCCAUUCCAAGACCCAGAAUCUGCCAGAGAUUGUAAGAACAGCAGACAUUCUAGUGGUUGCCAUAGGAAAAGCUGAGUUUGUGAAAGGGGACUGGGUAAAACCAGGAGCAGUUGUCAUAGACUGUGGUAUCAACUCCAUUCCUGAUGCCACAAAGAAGUCUGGGAAGCGAUUGGUCGGGGAUGUGGCAUUUGAAGAGGCUAAAGCUGCAGCCUCCUGGAUAACCCCCGUCCCUGGCGGCGUGGGACCAAUGACAGUGGCCAUGUUACUGCAAAACACUUUCGAACAGGCCAAGAGAAAAUACGGGGCUACAGGAGCAUGGAAACUACAGCUGCUACCACUGAACUGUAAAACUCCAGUACCAAGUGACCUUGAGGUGGCUCAGUCACAGAUUCCAAAGAAUGUGGAACUGUUAGCCAAGGAGGUUGACCUUCUUCCAGAGGAAGUGGACUUGUAUGGGAAGAAGAAAGCCAAGGUGUCCUUGGGUGUCCUCAAAAGGCUGCAGGGACAGAAAGAUGGCCGAUACAUUGUUGUUACAGGUAUUACACCGACACCCCUUGGGGAGGGUAAAAGUACAACAACUAUUGGCCUGGCCCAGGCACUGGGAGCUGCACUUAAGAAGAAUGUGUUUGCUUGUGUUAGACAACCAUCCCAGGGACCUACUUUUGGGAUUAAAGGUGGAGCUGCAGGUGGAGGUUAUUCACAGGUCAUUCCCAUGGAGGAGUUCAACUUGCACUUGACGGGAGAUAUUCACGCCAUUACAGCAGCAAACAAUCUGCUGGCAGCUCAGAUUGAAGCUCGUAUGUUUCACGAGAGUACACAGAAGGACGAGGACUUGUAUCGCAGACUUGUUCCCGAUAGUAAAGGAAAACGCGCUUUCUCAAAAAUCCAACUGAAAAGGCUACAGAAACUUGGCAUCACAAAGACAAAUCCAAAUGAACUAACACCAGAGGAAAUUAACAAGUUUGUUCGCCUAGAUCUUGAUGUAGCAACUAUCACUUGGCAGAGAGUUAUGGACACAAAUGACAGGUUCUUGAGAAAAAUUACCGUUGGCCAGGGACCACUUGAGAAAGGUCAUACCAGAGAGUGUCAGUUUGAUAUUGCCGUUGCCAGUGAAAUCAUGGCCAUCCUUGCCCUGACAACAGGACUUCAAGACAUGAGAGAGAGGCUUGGAAAAAUGGUAGUAGGAACUAGCAAAGCAGGGGUACCAGUCACUGCAGAUGACUUGGGUGUAAGUGGGGCAUUGGCUGUAUUGAUGAAGGAUGCAAUCAGACCCAAUCUUAUGCAAACUCUUGAGGGCACCCCAGUUUUUGUGCAUGCUGGACCUUUUGCCAAUAUUGCUCACGGAAAUUCGUCCAUCAUCGCAGACAAGAUUGGUCUCAAACUCGUGGGAGAAAAUGGGUUUGUUGUGACGGAGGCAGGGUUUGGUGCGGACAUCGGAAUGGAGAAAUUUUUCAACAUCAAGUGCAGGGCCUCUGGUCUUGUUCCCAAUGCUGUGGUACUGGUGGCUACCGUGAGAGCUCUCAAGAUGCAUGGUGGUGGCCCUACUGUCACCGCUGGUGUUCCACUACCCAAAGCGUACACAGAAGAGAACCUUGAACUUCUGGAGAAAGGUUGUGCUAAUCUGAGGAAACAGAUAGAAAAUGCCAACAAAUUUGGUGUGCCAGUUGUAGUGGCUAUCAAUUCCUUUGUGACGGAUUCCCUGGCAGAAGUAGAGUUAGUGAAAUCAUUCGCCAAAAAGAACGGAGCUUACGAUGCAGUAAUUUGCAGCCACUGGGCUAAUGGUGGUGCUGGUGCUGCAGACUUGGCAAAUGCUGUUGAAGCAGCAACCAGUCAACCAAGCAACUUUAAGUUCCUGUACGAUGUCAAGUUAACAAUUGAGGAGAAGAUAGAGACAAUCUGUAAAGAGAUUUAUGGUGCUGAUGGGAUCGAGAUUCUUCCUCUAGCUCAAGAACAGAUAGACAGAUACAAAAGUCAGGGCUUCAAUGAUUUACCUAUCUGCAUGGCAAAAACUCACUUGUCACUGUCCCAUGACCCUGCCAAGAAAGGCGAACCCAAAGGCUUCGUAGUUCCCAUCAGAGAAGUGCGGGCUAGUAUUGGGGCUGGUUUCAUAUUCCCACUUUUGGGAACUAUGACCACCAUGCCUGGGCUGCCCACACGUCCAUGUUUCUAUGACAUUGACAUUGAUCCAGAAACGGAGGAAAUCGUGGGACUGUCCUAAACAAAGGCAGUGUGUUGCUUUUGUCAGAACGACUUGAUAACUGAAUGAUUCACGACAGAAACCAAUUAUUAUCACAGGGACACAAAUUUUAUCAAACUGCUGGUACAAUGUACCAGUACAUGAUACAAACAUGACUUGAUUUGUUAUUUGUUGUUAAAAUGGAUGAUUUAAGUAUAAACCAAUCAUAUUGUCACUUACAUUUAGCUAUAAACCAAUCAUAUUGUCUUUUUCAUCAAUAAUCAUGUCCAGUUUUUAAAUUAGUCAAGUUAGUCACAUAAUUGUAUAUGGGAAAUGUUUAAAAUAUGUAUAUCAUUCCAUGCAUUAAAGUGAAAUGAUCAAUUUAAUCAAGCAA